AGAAAACAAAAUAUUUAUUAAGUAAACAAUAAGGAACUCUGGGAGAGUGUGACCUGAAGGUCCCAAAGAACUCUAUCCCUGAUGAUCUGGUUAUUAUUUGAUUUAUGUCAAAUAAUAACUGCCCUUGUUUUGACCUAAGAGAGGAUUGUCUGGGAAGUUUGUCUCUGAGAUAGAGCUGAAGCGUUGCUCUGCAGAGUGUCUGGAGCCUAAGUGUAUGCAGAGUGCCCCCCUCUCCGCUCCUUGAUAAAUAGGGAAAAGGUCCAAUUUGCUCCAGCUGGAAAUUUGAAGUCCUUGUUAAAUCUAUCUAUACUUGUUCUGCGAGGAAAAGGACAAUCUCUAGUAAUAUCAUUUAACUGCUCUAUUUCAGCAUUCACUGAUGAGUAAGUGAGAAUUGGACCAGAGAAUGGCAAAUACUUAUGUUACUACAUCUGAUGGGUACUGUCUUGCUGAACCAGUGCAGUACUAUGAUAUUCUGCCAGAGCAAAUCAGUUAUCAGCUGUACGACACUGAUUUUCAAGAAUCGCCUUUUUGCCAGUAUUCUACCGUCCAGUUGCCAACAGCUCUACAGUCCCAAUCUUUACAAAGUCAUUUCAACACUUGCAGCUUGGAUCCACAGUUCAGUGGUGGAGAAUGUGGACUUGUUUCCUGUGAAUUAAAUAAACCCACUUAUGUGGUUGACCAUGAUGUUGAAGAUGGAUACUCUGGAAUAAAAAGGUCCAGACUAACUCAUUCUUCUAUGCGAAUUAAGAGACAGGAAGACCUCUGUGUAGUUUGUGGUGAUAAAGCAUCAGGAUAUCAUUAUAAUGCACUUACUUGUGAAGGUUGCAAAGGUUUUUUUCGACGUAGCAUCACCAAAAAUGCAGUAUAUCAUUGCAAGAAUGGUGGCCACUGUGAAAUGGACAUGUACAUGCGUAGGAAAUGUCAAGAGUGCAGACUAAAAAAGUGUAAGGCAGUAGGAAUGUUGGCAGAAUGUUUGCUCACAGAAAUCCAAUGCAAAUCAAAGAGACUUCGAAAGAAUUUUAAGCAGAAGAAUAGUUUUUCCUCUAGCAUCAAAGUGGAAGAGGAAGUAGACAACAAGCUUGUAUCAUCCACCACUAGAUCUGGAAAAAUUAAGGAGAGCAUGGAACUAACUCACGAGGAACAUCAGCUCAUUAAGGACAUUGUGGCUGCUCAUCAAAAAUACACAAGUCCUUUAGAGGAAACAAAGAUGUUUCUCCAGAAAUAUGCAAAUCCUGAGCUGAGCUUUUUGCAACUCUCGGAGACCAUGGUCCUACACCUACAGGGGUUAGUGGAUUUUACCAAGGGACUCCCAGGAUUUGAAAAUUUGACAACUGAGGACCAGACUGCAUUACGUAAAGGAUCAAAAACUGAAGUGAUGUUUCUUCACGGGGCCCAACUUUACAGCCUGAAAGAAUGUCUUUCGUCAGCUUCUGAAAGUACUAUGAGAAUAUCAGAUCAUUCAGAUCACUCACUGAAUUGUCACAAUCAGAGUGUUAAUAGAAGUGUUAUUUAUUCUAUGGAAACCUUUUGCAACGAAGACUGUCCUCCUACUACACUGACUGGUAUUGCUGAAGAAUUUAUUAACACAUUGUUUUACUUCUACAGAAGAAUGAGUGAGCUUAAUAUUACUAAUACUGAAUAUGCUCUGCUUGCAGCAACAACUGUGUUUUUUUCAGAUCGUCCAUGCCUUAAAAAUAAGCAAUAUGUGGAAAAUUUACAAGAACCAGUUUUACAGAUUUUAUACAAAUAUUCAAAAAUUUAUCAUCCAGAAGACCUACAGCAUUUUGCUCGUCUCAUAGGGAGGCUCACAGAACUGAGGACACUGAAUCACAACUACUCAGAAAUACUUAGCACUUGGAAAGCAAAGGACCCCAAAUUGGCUAGUUUACUCUCAGAGAAAUGGAAUUUGUAUUCACAUUGCUGAAAUUUUAGAAUGUGGUUGUGGUUUGUCUUAAAACUUUCAAAAUCUAGAUUGUUUAUCAUUAUAGGAUGACUGCUUUGAAAAACAUAAACAGGAUUGCUAGGUUACCAAUGUAUCAGCAUAAAAUGGGACAUUAUCAGUGCUUAUCAAAUUUUGUGGGAUAUAGGACCACCACUAGAGGGACAUCCAGGAUUCUUUUCCAGAUUUGACUCAAAAGAAGCAAGGAUUAUUGUUUGCAUGGUUCCUUCUAAAGGGAAAAAUGCUAAAUAGAGUUCUUUCCUGAAGAUGCUCUACUUUUUCCCUUUAGUAGAAAACUGAACGAAAAUAUGUAGAUUACUUAUAGACAUGAGAAAGGGUAUCUAGUGGAAACAAUUGUAAUCAGAAUAAAGACAGUUUGUGAACCUCAUUAAUUAGGCCACAUUGAUGGAUAAAGAACUAACAUUUUAAACUUAUUCCUGUUAUGGCAUUUUAUGAAUUAUUAAAGAGGAACAAAACUUUGUUCAACUCUUACCUUUUCUUAAUGUUUUCUAAAAAGAAAUCUUUUAUAAGUCUAAAUUAAAAAAAAUUGUGAUGGUAAAAUAUUGAAAAAAGUUAAAAUGACAAAUCAUUAAAAUGGUUUAAAAAAAUUUU